UCCCACAAUCACUUGUUAUCAGAAAGUUACUUGUUUUGACAAAUUGUGAUGGUAUUUUUGUGUAUUUAGUUAUACUGUUACAAACAACUUCUUCUAAUAUCCAGCAGUGGAGCAAGACAGUGUUUAAUUUUUGUUAUUUAUAGCAAGGCACCUGAUAGCUUAACUCACAGAAUCCGCUUGGCUUUCAAGUAGUUCAGACGCAAAUAAGUGCCUGCAUAUACACCCGCAUACACGCACAUGCAAACGCACAGAAAUUUAAAAAUUUAUUCAAUCCACAUACAUGCAUUCAUACAUAAAUCGUAAGUAGUUAGUGGUGAAAUACAAUACGCAAUGGCACAACAACCAGGCACCGGCGGAAAAUACUGCUUUGCCAUUGAUCGAGGUGGUACUUUCACGGAUAUCAUUUGCAUCCGUCCAGAUGGCAAAGUACGUACACUGAAACUCUUGUCGGAGGAUCCCAGCCGUUAUAGUGAUGCACCAAGAGAAGGUAUACGUCGCAUAUUAAAAGAGGAAACUGGGAGCGAUGUUACUGCGGAGGGGCUUGUUGAUACUAGUCAAAUUGGUUGGGUACGUAUGGGUACAACUGUGGCCACGAAUGCAUUGCUGGAACGCAAAGGCGAUCCCGUAGCGCUUGUGGUGAAUGAAGGCUUUCGUGAUUUGCUUUACAUAGGCAAUCAAGCGCGUCCUAAAAUCUUCGAGCUCAAUAUACGGAAACCAUCAAAUUUAUAUAAAACAGUUGUGGAGAUUAGUUGUCGUAUUGUGCCAGAGCAAUCGAAUCGCUGCAAGUUGGAACACACUUGGAGGGCGCUCGAAGGCACUUCAGGCGCUAAGUAUUUGGAAAUGCAACCGGUCGAUGUAGCAAAUGUGCGUGCUUCUUUACAAGAAGUUCGCGAACAAGGCAUCACAAGUGUAUCUGUGGUGCUGGCGCAUAGUUUUGCUUGCCCAGUGCAUGAAUUGCAAGUAGGCGCAAUAGCAAAGGAGCUUGGAUUUACGCAUAUCACACUCUCACACCAGGCUAUGCCGAUGCGGCGCUUAGUAGCGCGCGGUUAUACGGCCUGCGCCGAGGCAUAUCUAACGCCGCACGUCGAACGUUAUCUCAACAGCUUCAAAUCCGGCUUUGAUAAGGAGUUGGAGGGCGUUGACGUUCUCUUCAUGCAAUCGGAUGGCGGCUUGGUGCGUAUGGAAAACUUUCGCGGCGCACGUGCCAUACUCUCCGGUCCAGCAGGUGGCGUUGUUGGCUAUGCAAUGACUGGGGCGCGUGAAACGGAAGCGCCACUGAUAGGUUUUGACAUGGGCGGCACAUCAACCGAUGUUUCCCGCUAUGCGGGCGUCUAUGAGCAUGUAAUUGAAAGCACAACCGCUGGCGUAACAAUACAAGCGCCCCAAUUGGACAUCAAUACAGUGGCAGCUGGCGGCGGUUCGAUGCUUUUCUUUCGUUCGGGACUUUUUGUGGUCGGCCCCGAAUCUGCGGGCGCUCAUCCCGGUCCAGCUUGCUACAAAAAGGGUGGUCCACUAACGGUAACAGAUGCUAAUUUAAUUUUAGGUCGCUUAUUGCCUGAUUAUUUUCCAAAAAUAUUUGGCCCCAAAGAAAAUGAAGCGCUUGAUUUUACGGUAACUAAAGAAAAAUUCGAGCAAAUGCGUAUUUUGAUUAAUGAGUACCUGAAAAGUGGUGGCGACACGAAACAAUUAACAGUUGAGGAUGUGGCUUUAGGCUUCAUACGAGUCGCCAAUGAAGCUAUGUGUCGUCCCAUAAGAGCGCUAACGCAAGCGCGUGGGUUGGACACGUCACAGCAUGUGCUGGCUUGCUUUGGCGGCGCUGGUGGACAACAUGCCUGCUCUAUUGCGCGCGAGUUGGGAAUAAGUAAGGUACUUGUACACAAAUAUGCCGGUGUGCUCUCCGCCUACGGCAUGGCACUUGCUGAUGUUGUACAGGAGACGCAAGAGCCUUGUGGCUUGGAUUUUUCGGCCGAAAAUGCUGGUAUUUUCAAGGCACGGCUAGACGCAUUAGCCGAGCAAUCCAAUAAAAGCUUAAGAUUACAGGGCUACAGCAAAAUUGAGUUGGAACCAUUUUUGCAUUUGCGUUAUGACGGUACCGACUGUGCUUUGAUGUGCGCGCCAGCCGCCACGACGAGCAAUGAAGAUGUUUUACUUGCAUCCUACGGCGACUUCAUCGCCACAUUUCUUCAACGCUAUCGUACCGAAUUCGGCUUUGUUUUACAAAAUCGCGCGAUUGUUGUAGAUGAUAUACGCGUGCGAGGCCUGGGCAAGAAUAAUACACCACCCGAAGUUGAAAUCGAGAAAUCUGUUGCAACCACACCUAAGCCAGAGGGUUUCACUCGCAUUUUCUUCGAGCAAGGUGCCCAUGAGUCACCGAUCUACUUGACUAAACAUCUGUUGGCUGGCUGUAAAAUACAGGGACCAGCAAUUCUGAUUGAUCAACUUUCGACCAUACUUUUGGAACCGGAAUGUGUAGCAGAGGUGACGACGCGCGGCGAUCUCAUCAUCAAUGUAAGCUCCAGCAAACGCAACGUAGUCGACUGCAAACUCGAUGCCAUACAGUUGAGCAUAUUUAGCCAUCGUUUUAUGAGUAUUGCCGAGCAAAUGGGCAGGGUACUCCAGCGCACUUCGAUUUCUACAAACAUCAAAGAACGUCUUGACUUUUCCUGCGCGCUCUUCGGGCCCGACGGCGGUCUAGUGAGCAAUGCGCCACAUAUACCCGUGCACUUAGGCGCCAUGCAAGAGACAGUGCAAUAUCAGCUGAAAGUGCGCGGGGAUAGCUUGAAGAAUGGCGAUGUUAUUUUGUCCAAUCAUCCGCAAGCGGGCGGUUCGCAUCUACCCGAUUUGACAGUGAUAACGCCGGUGUUUUAUCGCGAUCAACCGAAACCGGUUUUCUUUGUCGCCUCGCGUGGUCAUCACGCCGAUAUCGGUGGCAUCACACCCGGCUCAAUGCCGCCACAUUCCACAUCACUAGCGCAGGAAGGCGCCGCCUUUAAAUCUUUUCUAAUUGUCGAGGGUGGUGUAUUCCAGGAGAAGAAUAUCAUUCAACGUUUAAUAACGCCGACAGGCGCAAAAGGUGCCACCGGAACGCGCAAUUUGCCCGACAACAUUUCGGAUCUUAAAGCGCAAAUCGCCGCCAAUCACAAAGGCAUACAACUCGUUUCCGAGCUCAUCGAUAGCUACGGCUUGGAUGUCGUACAGGCCUACAUGAGUUAUAUACAACAAAAUGCCGAGGUUGCCGUACGCGAUAUGCUCAAAGAGAUUGCGCAGCAGGUGCUCAAGCGCAAUGGCACCACCACGCUGGAGGCGGUUGAAUUCAUGGAUGAUGGUUCGCCUAUCAAACUGCGUGUAGAAAUCGACUCCGAGCAGGGAAAUGCGUUGUGUGAUUUCACCGGUUCGGGUCCGGAAGUGUGGGGCAAUUGUAAUGCACCACGCGCCAUUACGCUCUCUGCGCUCAUUUACUGCCUACGCUGCAUGGUUGGUCAUGAUGUGCCGUUGAAUCAAGGCUGCUUGGCGCCCAUCAAAGUUAUUGUGCCUAAGAACUCCAUAUUAGAUCCAUCCGAGGGCGCAGCAGUGGUGGGCGGCAAUGUGCUAACAUCUCAGCGCAUCGUCGAUACUGUACUGAAGACAUUUAACGUGUGUGCGGCCUCAUGUGGCUGUAUGAAUAAUAUUACCAUCGGCGAUGAAGAGUGGGGCUACUAUGAGACGGUGGCUGGUGGUGCAGGCGCUGGACCCACAUGGCAUGGCGCAGACGGUGUACAUACACAUAUGACCAAUACGCGCAUAACAGAUCCGGAGAUAUUGGAAUUGCGUUACCCAAUCAUAUUGAAACGCUUCUGCUUGCGCACCGACCAAUCGGGUGGUGCUGGCCAGUUCCAUGGCGGUGAAGGCGUGGAACGUGAAUUACUCUUCCGGAAGCCGGUAACGCUAUCGAUUUUGACUGAGCGUCGCACGUUGCAGCCAUACGGGCUGGUGGGUGGACAGCCGGGGAAGAGUGGCUUGAAUUUGUUGCGUAAACCGGAUGGUCGAGUCAUUUCACUGGGCGGAAAGACCUGCAUCGAUGUGGAGACAGGGGAUCUGUUUAUGCUGAAAACGCCUGGCGGUGGCGGUUAUGGCGUGCCAAGAGAAGAUGCACCUGGUGGUUGGAAAGUGGCCUCACAUGCUGAAAAGCAUCAGUUAACCGAACGUGGUAGCGUCUUCGAAUAUAGGCAGGCGCAGGAGUCGGCUUAAACUUUAUUGAAAGCGCAACACAAAUAAGUAAAAUGCGAAGUGAUGAGCGUUAAUGUCCGUGGAAAAGUGCAAUUAAUUUUUACAGCUAAAAUUUAUGUCAUUAAGAAAAUAUGUAUUGUUUGUUGUAACGGAUUUCGUUUGCAAAUUAUUAUUAAUAUUUUGUUUUAAUGCAUAAAAAUUACGAUUUUUA